AUGUCUGAUUCAUUAGAUCAAUUGAUUAAAGAUAUUGAUGGUUCUGUUCAAUCUAUAGUUUCUCUAGAUUUUAAACCACCUGGUAUAUUUCAUAACGCAAUUUCACAUAGCAAUCAUGAUUUUAGUGAUUUGUUAGAAAAGCUUAUUAAAGAUGUAGAUAAUGAGAAAGAAGCACCGUUGUAUAAAUUAGAUCAGGUUAACAAGAUACCCACGAGGAAAGAUGGCAAAAAGGGUGUAUUGGAUUAUUUAACAGAAAGAAAUCUUGGGUUGAAAAGAAAUAGACAUUUAGGAUUACCUGAAGAACAACCGAUUAUCCAUAUAGCAAAUGAUUACUAUAAUAAAUUAGAAAAUGAGAGAUCCAAUAAAAGAAGCAAAUUGUCCAGAAACAGUAUCCUGUUGGAUGUCGAUGCAGUGGCAUCUUCAGUAAUUACAGGUGCAAGCAGUGCAGCUUUAGAUAUCUUAUCAUGGAAAUUUAAAGAUGAUAAAAAUUCAACACAGUUGUUGUCAGCAUUGAAAAAUGGUACUGUGAUAACGGAUAAUGAAACCAAUAGAAGAAGAACGAUGUUUGUAGAAGAUUUCCCACCAGAAUCUAUGUUAAAUGUAUUACAAGAAAUUUCAAAGACAUGGCCCUCAGAUAGUUAUCAACAAGAAUAUGAAAAAUUCUUGAAUUCUUACAAUGAAAUACAAUCAAAAAUGGAUGCAGUGAGAAAAGAGAUUAGAUUACAAGAGGAUCAACUAGAUGCUCAAGCCAUCUCUGAAUCAAAUUCUUCAUCGAAUAUUGUAAGAAGACUAAUAGAAAAAGAACAAAAAGAUAUCAGAAAUCUACAACAACAAAUUGAAAUGACUAAACAAUGA